GCCCAAAAAGCCUUUUAAGUUGUAAUCUUGCUCCCUCGCCGCCCUUCUCAUCACCUUUUGAAGUUCCAAGCUUUUCUUUUUCUCAGCAAUGGCGGAUUCGAUUUUCAGAAAGCUAAGAGACGGAGGCGAAGAAGGCGAGCUCGCGCCAGCUCUCACCAUAGAGGAAACUGUAGCUUCCCCUUUCGCCCUCGACGUCUCCUGCUAUCUCCUCGCGAAUCUAUCUUCAUCAAUCCUGGCCGGAAAAUCCAAGUCCGAAGGCCUCGUGCUGGUCACAUUCUCUCGGAGCCCUUCCUUCUAUUUGCAGUUCUUGAAGCAAAAAGGAAUUUUUGUCUCUUCAUCCUCUAAAUGGAUUCGUGUUUUGGAUUGUUACACCGAUCCACUAGGCUGGAUUGAUCAGCCUUCCCCUGGUGUUAUUACUGAAGGUUCAAGUUUAAUUAAGUUACACAAGUGUGUUAGUGACUUGAAGAGGCUUUUCUCUUCAAUCAUUGAAGCUGGAAGAGAGAUGGUUGGAGAUGGGAAGACACGUUUCUCUGUUGCCAUUGAUUCGGUGAAUGAGCUGCUAAGACAUUCAUCCAUGCCAUUAGUUUCUGGUCUUUUAACAGAUCUUCGAAGCCACGCACAAGUUUCCAGUUUGUUUUGGUCGUUGAACACUGACCUUCACCAAGAGAAGGUUACCAAUGCGCUUGAAUAUAUAUCCACCAUGAAAGCCAACUUAGAACCUUUUUGUCCAUCUUCGGAUGGGAAAAGGAAUGCCUUGGAAAACCUCUUUUUGGUUCAUCAGGAUUUUGGUAAAGGACGGUUCCAUAUCCGGUUUAAGCUUAGAAAGGGACGCGUCAGAGUAAUGUCUGAAGAGUAUCAUGUUGAUCAAACGGGCAUAAACUUUUCACCCAUUUCCUCCGUGGAAACUAUUAUUGCAGCCACCAAAAGCCUUAUACCUAAGGUUCAUUUCAAUCUACAGUUGUCUGAGAAAGAACGUGUUGAGAAAGAAAAAGUUGUCCUUCCUUUUGAGCACCAAGAUCAUGGAAAAUCGACAGAGAUCUAUGAUGGGCGGAGAACGCUUGCGGAUGGCAAGACUGAGGCAACGCCAUUGUCUUCAGGAGAGUUGCAGGCCGAUGUGGUUUCCUCUGGUAAGGGUGGAGAGAUUAUAUAUUUCAGAGAUUCAGACGAUGAGCAUCCAGAUUCUGAUGAGGACCCUGAUGAUGAUUUGGACAUUUAGUUGCUCCUGUAAGAACCAGAGAGUGGGACAGUUUUGGUUUUGGCAAAGUACUUUGGGUUUUAAUCCUGGGAUCUUGAUUGUUAGAUUUAUCCAACUUUGUACACUAGAUAGCAGAUGUGUAACAUUUUAUUGUGUUAUUGUUGAAUUAUCAACACAAGUUUUAGUUUA